AUGUCUCCUAAUAUCAUGUGGACGCAAGACGGCAUCACUGUGGCCGGUGGAAAUGAAAAGGGCAAUGAAUUAAAUCAACUCUUUUAUCCAUGGGGUUUGGCUGUUGAUCAUGAUCAAAAUAUUUAUGUUGCUGACUGUGUGAAUGAUCGUGUUAUGGAAUGGAAGCCAGGUGCAACUAGUGGUCGAGUUGUUGCUGGAGGAAAUGAUGAAGAAAGCAAGGCGAAUCAAUUGGAUGGUCCAAGAGGUGUGAUUAUCGAUAAACAAACAGAUAGUCUUAUCAUCUGCGACUCACGCAACCGUCGAAUAGUGCGAUGGCCUCGACAAGGUAGUACAAAUGGCUAA